CUCUGGCAAAUCCACCCCACUCAGUCAACUUUAAGAGAUCCUUAAUGGCAUGAGCGACUUUCUGAGCUCUAAUCGCGGUCUAGAAAUGCUUAAAAGAACUGCGCAUAAGUGAAACAAUAUAUCUAUCUUCACUCGCACCUUACGGGUUCCAACAUAAUAUUAUCCAAGCCUAUAUCAACAGAUUACCUAUCUAGAACCCUUGGAGGAAGCCCCUCCAACGACUAUCCAAAAUGGCCAAAGAAAGUGAAAAUCCGUUAAAUCAAACCACCCCGCGCAAGCCGAACGAACAACCCCACCGUCAUAUUUCCCAGCAGCCAGAAUUUGGGAAACCCUCACCAUUAGGCGCGGGGCAUCCUCAAAACCGCCAAUCCAAUCACCCUUUCAACAUCCCUAAGCAGAACAGGCCUCGGCCGGAGCACCAUAGACCUCACCCACAGCAGCGACCAGGUGCACCUUUCCAUGGCCACCGGCCUCCUGCGACGCCGGGGGGUGCAAUAUCAACCCCCAAACGCGGCGAGCCCUUUGACCCUUUCAAACCUGUUCGACCGUCGGCCUACAACGACUCCCGGUUUUCUCGCCCUGUUAACGAUGAUGUUGUUGAGAUCAAGCGCCCUGAAAAUUUCACUUUCAACACACCUCGGGCUCCUAAGACCUUUUUCGCGUCGAAGCCAUCUGCGAUCAAAAUGACGAACGCGUCCAAGAACCUGCGGAACUUCGUCGAUCUGACUGGGGAGGGCAGCUUCACGCCCGGUUCCCGACCUCGCAAUGUUGGCUUCGGCUCGAUGGAUGUAAAUGGUUAUGUUGACACAGCUAAGGCAAAUGAAAAUAUCAAGGCUCUUUUAGAGGGAGCAUUUGAGGACGAAGAUGAAAAGCAGCACCCAAAAACAAAGAACAAGAAGAACAAGAGCAAGAAGAACAAGGGUAAAAACAAGAAGGCCGAGAAUCAAAAGGAAGAAAAGAAGGACAGUUCCGACAUAGAUGAUCUAGCCGCGCAACUACAGGAGGUUACUGUUAACGAGUCCAGCGCUGAUGGUAGUGAUGCGGAUAAUGUGGAGAUAAAAGUCGUCCAAUCCAGCGAGAAGAGUACCCAUACAACAGCGACUGGUGAACAUAGUGAACAUGAUGUUACUGGAGACAUUGGAUCGGAAAACGAUGAUGAUGACGAAGAAGAGGAAGACGAAGAUGACGGUACAGUAGAAGGCUUGAAGGUCAAAUUGCUGCCUCAUCAACGAGAGGGAGUAAAUUGGAUGCGGGACAAAGAGAUUGGUAAUAGCAAGAAUAAGGGUGUACUUCCGAAAGGCGGGAUUCUUGCAGACGACAUGGGUCUUGGAAAGACUGUCCAAGCUAUCACCCUGAUGCUAACAAACCGGAAACCGAAAGAUGGACGCCGACGAAUUGUUGACGAAGAUGAGUGUAUCAAUACCCCUGAAGCCGAACGAGACAAUGAUGACUUGAGACUACCCCCUGGUUUGAGCAAGUCUACUUUGGUUGUUGCUCCCUUGGCACUAAUCAAACAGUGGGAGUCCGAAAUCCUUGAUAAGGUUGAAACAUCCCACAAACUUCGUGUAUGCGUUUACCACGGGAACACUCGAACAAAGGCUGGAGACAAUCUUGGCGAUUAUGAUGUUGUGAUCACCACGUAUGGCACUUUAACGUCCGAACAUGGAGCCAUCGACAAGAGCAAUAAGAAAUCGGGCAUCUUCUCCGUCUACUGGUACCGGAUCAUCUUGGAUGAAGCCCACACUAUUAAGAAUCGAAACGCAAAGGCAACUCAAUCUGCCUGCGCUUUAGAUGCUGAGUAUAGAUGGUGCUUGACUGGAACUCCUAUGCAGAACAAUCUCGAUGAGUUGCAAAGCUUGAUCAAAUUUCUCCGAAUUAAACCCUAUAACGAUCUUGCGGCCUGGAAGGAACAGAUCACUAAACCUCUAGCCAAUGGCCGCGGGGCCCUCGCAAUCGAACGUUUGCAGGUCGUUCUGAAGGCUUUCAUGAAGCGACGCACUAAGGAUGUCCUGAAGCUCAACAACAACCUCAAACCCAAAGACGUAGCUUCGGGUGGAGAACAGAAAAAGUCACCAGGCUUCCAUAUUGUCAAACGAGAGGUGAUCAAGGUCUCUGCAGAGUUCACGCCGGGUGAACUGAACUUUUACAAACGCCUCGAGCAGCGAACUGAUAAUAGCCUCGAAAAGAUGAUGGGUGGUUCCAAACUCGACUACGCUGGAGCAUUGGUGCUACUAUUGCGUCUCCGACAGUCCUGUAACCAUCCAGACUUAGUGAAAAGUGAUCUUGCUAAAGAUAAAGACAUCCUUCUGCAAAACGGCACCUCGGGAAGCCAGCCCGCAGCUGGGAAACAGGAUGAUUUGGACAGUAUGGCAGAUCUUUUCGGCGCUCUCAGUGUUGUCUCAAAGAAAUGUGACAUCUGCCAAGCUGAGUUGAGCCAGAAGGAGGCGAAAGGUGGUGCUAGCAGGUGCGAUGAGUGUGAGACUGAUCUGAAUAUUAAUUUUGCUGGCAGCCAAAGUAGAAAGGAGUACUCUUCAAAAGAAGAUGUGGUGGACCUUACACGGUCGCCCUCUAACCGGCGCUCCGAGGUUCAACAUGCACGAUCACGAAAGAAUAGAAAGAUAGUCAUGGAUAGCGACGACGACGAAGAUGAUGGCGAGUGGAUUGUUCCCGAAGAUCAGCGUACAGUGCCAGAUCUUGGAAAGGCUGGGGGCUCUGAUGAUGAAGAUGCAGAAGGCGGUGGUCGAUGGCUCGGUUCAGACGAUUCUGAGACUGACUCUGACGAUGAAGCUGUCCCCGAAUCACCAACUCGCAAUCGUAUAGGUGGCAGAAAGCAGAAUAGUGAAUCGGAUGAGGACGAUAUAUAUUUGAAUCCUAGUGAUGGAGAUAAUCAGCUGCUACCUUCAACAAAGGUCCGACAUCUCAUGAGAAUCCUUAGGAGGGAAUCCGCAGACCACAAAUUCAUCGUCUUCUCGGUCUUUACGUCAAUGUUGGACAAGAUUGAACCGUUCCUCCAGCGCACUGGAAUUGGAUUUGCACGUUAUGAUGGUGGCAUGCGAAACGAUCUCCGAGAGGCUAGCCUCAACAGAUUAAGGAACAAUAGUGCGACGAGGGUUUUACUUUGUAGUUUGCGGGCUGGUGCACUGGGUCUUAACCUGACUGCGGCCAGUCGGGUGGUCAUCUUGGAGCCGUUCUGGAAUCCUUUCGUCGAAGAACAGGCAAUUGAUCGUGUCCAUCGCCUAAACCAAACAGUCGAUGUCAAAAUCUAUAAGCUCAUUGUUAAGGAUACAGUUGAAGAGCGAAUUAUUGAUCUUCAGGAGCGCAAGCGAGAGCUUGCCAAUGUCACUAUCGAGGGCAAGACCGCUGCAGCCAAACUUACCAUGAACGACAUGAUGGCCCUCUUUGGUCGGGAUGCGGAAUCACGCUUCACGGGCGAACGUGGCAACAUCGACCUCGUACAAUCAACGAGAUUAUUAAGCUCUGCCGAUGAAAACAACUGCUCAGGCUCUCAGUCCUUUGAGAGACCGACGGCACAGACAUCACACUCCCGCUCACGCGAUCGAAACCGACAGCCAGAGAAACGUGCAGUCCCCAGAGCUGAAGAUUCGGUCUUCGGACGACGUUGGUAACUGGACGGACAGUAUUUUUUGUGGCUUACAGAUGUACGACGAGGAGCACAGGAUAUACGAGGCAAUUGCAUACGGGGACAAAUUGGAUUUACAGCGUUCACAUAAAUACCUUCAAGUCAG